GCUUUGUGAUGAAGCUACAAGUGCACUUGAUAGCACAUCAGAGGCUGAGAUUUUACGUGCAUUCAAGUCCAGUGCAAAUAAUCGAACUUCGAUCUUUAUUGCACAUAGGCUGACAACUGCGAUGCACUGUGAUGAGGUAAAAGGCAUUCUUGAUAUUGAAUAUGUUCCUCUUAUAGAGCUACCCAUAUCAGACGGCGCCAAUCGAGGGAAAAAUCUCGUACCUCGAAUUGAGAGUGUCGAAAAGACCUGUAUUAUAGUCCUGGAGAAUGGGCGGGUGGUGCAACAAGGACCACAUGACGUUCUUUUGUCUAAAGUAGCAGGGAGAUAUGCAGAGCUUUGGGCACAGCAAAAUAACGCUGUUGAUGGAGUGGAUGGAACUAUCAAAAUGGAGACAUGAGUAGUUUCAUUUUUUUUUUUCAUUUUCGGCACAUUUGACAUUUCCCAAACCCUGCAUUGCAAAGAGGAGACCGAGUGUAUCUCUCUUUUCCCUAGCAAAAUUCAUCGUAAUUAUAGCACUUGCAAAUGAUAUUUUACUGUAAUGUUUAUAUCGCAACUAACUUGACACAUUCUAACCACUAUUGUAAAGUGUUUCGUAAAUCCCCCAACUGUAAAGUGUGCUUUGAUCUUUCCUAAGAGCA